CUUUGAUACCGACCGUUAUGGACACUUUUGUAAGUGAACAAGUAAAGCGACUAGAUGCGGCUUUGAACCAGUCUUUUGAACAGAAGCUGGAAAAGAACGGCAUAAUAAAGAACUUUGCUUCCCUUAACGAGAGAGAUCAGUUUUUAUUCAAAGCAACACAAGCACUUGACUUGACAAGCAAUACGCCCCCCGCCUUCGAAAAAGUACAAGAAUAUCUUGAGAAAUAUCAUGACACAUCUUCUAUUAAUGCAACAGAAUCAAUGGAUACAGAACUUGAAUCAUUUUUUAUUGCCAAAUGUACGAUUGCAGUGUAUGGUCAAGUCUUCUCCAAAGUCCUCAACUUGACUUUGCCAGUAUCAGAGUCAAUCGAUUAUUGGAAUCAUAUUCAUGGAAGCACCACACGAGAAAUUUAUUAUGGAUUACAAACCGCACCUUAUCGCAUUUUCAAUCUAUUGAAAAGCACAACAGAACAGAUCACUCAAACGGGUGCAGUAGCUCAACAAGUCAAAUCUCUUUUUACUUCAUCCGAUUACAUACUCAGACAACUGUUUCCUAUUCAUAACAUCAAAUCCAGCAAGCAAAAACAACCUUUCGAUGCCCUCAAAUUCUUUACACUUUCUUUUCAUCGACGCCCUUUGAUUCUUGAAAUGUUAAGCGAUGAAAUCAAUUUAAAGAAGAAUGCUCUACAACAAUUCAGAGCUGAACAAGCUGCUUCUCUGGGUAUCUUAUUACUUAGCCCUCCUCAAUUCAAAUAUGAUCAAGGCAAUGAUUUCACAAGUACCAUAGCUAACGAAACCAAAAACUGUAUUGAAAUGAUCAAAUACCUUAUGGAACCUUCACAAACAAAGAAAGUGAAGAAGAAUUUACAUCAUUUCCAGACACAACUCAGUAUGAAAAAUUUAAAUGCAAACUCUACACAAGAUAUUUCAAUGGAACUGUAUCAAUUGACUAAGGAAUGGGCUUCUACUUACGAUUGCCAUUUGCAGCUUGUGCAAUCGUCGUACGGUAUUCCUUCAAGACUGACCCGUUACUGGAUACCAUCCUUAAUAUCUUAUUUUGCUGCAAGUUGGACAAUACAGUAUGGGCUUGAACGAAAAGAAGACAUCAUUCAUUGUUUGGAAGAACUAGGUAAAACAGCGCACGAUUUUGUUCUCAAUUGGAUAUGGGAACCUGUCAGAAAAGUGUACAAUACCAUUCGUCUUAAGGAUCAAAGAUUGAGUCUCUUGAGUAAGGAAGGACUCUCCAGUGAUUUAGAUUCUCUUGAGCGUAUGGUGGUAGGAUUUGCCAAAGAUAAACUACAUAUACCUGAUUCUGAAAUUUCCAGAAUCGCAGCAGAUGUUAGAGAAGGAGACAUUUCAGUCUUGUUAAAGGAAUAUGAAAAAGAAAUCAAGAAUCCUUUGAAAAAUGCUAUCACGGGUGAUUUGCUUCGAACAAUUCUUAUUCAAGUGCAAAAGACAAAAGUAGAUAUUGACCUUGCUAUGGCUGCUUUAGACAAAUUGUUAAAAUCCAAUGAAUUGAACUUUGCCUUUCUGGCCGUGGCACCUUCUAUGCUUUUGAGUUGGGCCUCUAUUUCAUGGUUUAAGAAUGCUGUGCAAGGCAAGUCGCAACAAAAAAUAAAGAAGGUUGGACAACCUAUUCGAGAAACACUCCGGUAAGUUGUUUAUUAGUUGCAUUUCUUUUUCUCUCACACAAAAUGUUUUCUUGUUAGUCGUAUCGAGAGACAAUUGAUCAUAAACGAACCAAUUCAUAAAAGAGAAGUUAGUGAAUGGAAAAUUUCUACUGAUGAAGAUGAAAAAGACCCUCAUCAAGUUCAAUGUGAAACACAAGGUAUUUUACUGUGUGAAGUUCAUUUAUUACGUGCCUAUGCUCGUUCAUUACCUCAACAAAACUCUACUCGAGCCCGUUUCUUAGAAGACGUUCGAGACUUGGAGAAUCCUGCUUUGACAAAUGAACAAAAAGUACAAACAAUUGCUCGUAUCGUUCGAUUUUGGCAAUUUGUCUAAAGAUUGUCUCUCCUGUUUCUUUUAAUAAACACAGUAUCCCUUUUGUAUAA